UUAAUUAUUAUGCCUUAAGAAUUACUCUCCUGUAUUAUUUUCCUCGUUGAUGAACUGAUAUUUUGUAUUUUUGUUGCUACUCAAUCGAUUUCUUUAAAUUAUCUUCAUUUUAAUACGUUAUUUUAAAUAAUGAUGUGCAUAAAUUACUCAAUCAUAUUAUUUAGUCACAUUUAGUUUUUUUUUAAAUAAUUGCAUAUAAGUAAUCAUAGAUAAAUAUGGACGAAGACUGUUCCGUGCUCCAAGAAGAAGAAAGAGAAGCCUUGCUUUCUAUUUAUGAUGGCGAUGAAGCUUUUAAGCAAGUUUCUCCUACUGUUUAUCAAUACAAGUAUGGAGAAGAUAACGAUAAUAAAUCUUUUCUAUUGGAGGUUGAAUGGCACAACAAUUAUCCAAGUGAAGCACCUAAAAUAAAUUUAGACAUGUUCUACAAUAAACACAUAGUAAGUUCAGUCAAAGAAAAUAUUAAAGAUAAAAUUUCAAAAGAGGCUGACCACUAUUUGGGAGAGUCUAUGACAUUCACUCUUUUUGAAUUUCUUAAAGAUUUUGCUGAGGAACUCGUUGCUGAUCAACCAGAAAAAGAAGUUACUGAAAGUAUAACUAAACUUUCUAUAGAUGAUGAYGAUUCUGCAAAAAAGACAACAAAGAAAGAAGUUAUGAGCAAAUCUCAAAAGAGAAAACAAUGGGAUCGUUUAGAUUCCAAAGGAGAAAAACCACGAGGAUAUGAUUGGAUAGAUGUUGUCAAACAUUUAUCACAAACGGGAUCAUCCAAGGUAGAAAUAUCUACGUAAUUAAGUUAAAUAACACUGUGAUAUGAAUUAUGAAUUUUUAUGUUUUUGUGAAAAAAUAUUUUCAUUUACAAUA